CCGUUACACUACACCAACAUCAAUAUUACAGCAGUACACCACCACUCAUUGUGAGAAAGCACAAGACACAGAAAGAAACAGAGAGCAAAACAGAACACGAGAAACACGAAAACUAAAACUCUGUCAUUCCACUGCUCUCCUUUGGUUUUCGAUCUCGUCUUCUGUUUCCAAUGGAUCAUUGUUCUUCCUCUGUCGACGUUGACGAUGAAUUUGAGAAGCUUGUCAUUCGAAUGAAUCCUCCGAGGGUUACUGUAGAUAAUAUUUCAAGCAGUAAAGCAACUUUGAUCAAGGUUGAUAGCGCUAAUAAGCAUGGGAGUCUGUUAGAGGUCGUUCAGGUUCUGACUGAUUUGAAUCUUACCAUUAGCAGGGCAUACAUAUCUUCAGAUGGUGAAUGGUUUAUGGACGUAUUCCAUGUUAUAGACCAAAAUGGGAAUAAGCUAUCGGAUGAGAAAGUCAUCGACCGCAUUCAACAGUCACUGGGACCAAGUAGAGUACAAAACCUCCGGUCCUUGAGAAGGUCAGUGGGUGUUCAGGCUGCUGCUGAACACACAACCGUUGAAUUGACUGGAAGAGAUCGUCCUGGGUUGCUUUCAGAGAUCUUUGCUGUUCUUAUGGACCUCAAAUGCAAUGUGGUAGCUGCUGAAAUCUGGACCCACAAUUCAAGGAUGGCAUCAGUUGUGUACAUCAACGAUGAAGCCACCGGAUCAUCAAUUGACGAUGGGGACCGGCUCGCCAGGAUCAAACAACUCCUCCUUUAUGUGCUUAAAGGGGAUAGAGAUAUGCGCACUGCCAACACUGCUGUUUCUGUUGGUGCCACCCAUACCCAAAGGAGGCUGCAUCAAAUGAUGUAUGCUGAUCGUGAUUAUGACAAGGAUUAUUAUGUGGAUGGUGUGCCCACAACUGAUCGCAGCAAACCAUGUGUGAUGGUUGAGAAUUGUGUAGACAAGGGUUAUACCGUAGUGAAUUUGAGGUGUCAGGACAGGCCCAAACUUCUCUUUGAUACCGUCUGCACAUUAACAGACAUGCAGUAUGUGGUCUUCCAUGCCACUGUCAAUACAGAAGGACCCGAAGCUUGUCAGGAGUAUUAUAUCAGACAUAAAGAUGGGUGUCCCAUUAGUUCCGAAGCAGAGAGACAACGGUUGAUCCAUUGCUUGGUAGCUGCUAUUCAGAGGCGAAGUACAGAGGGAAUAAGACUUGAACUGUGUAGUGAAGACCGCGUGGGGCUUCUAUCUGAUGUAACCCGCAUAUUCAGAGAGAAUGGGCUUGUAGUCACUCGGGCCGAAGUAACAACCUGUGGGUCCCAGGCUGUGAAUGUGUUCUAUGUGAUGGAUUCAUCAGGGAAUCCUGUAAAGAGUGAAACAAUUGAGGCUGUACGGAGUGAGAUUGGGCAGACGAUUCUCCAUGUGAAAGAAGAGAUGUACACUAAUAAAACUCCUGCACAGGAGAACGGGAGGUUUUCUCUUGGUAAUCUGUUCCGAUCAAGAUCGGAGAAGAUUCUAUACAACUUGGGAUUGAUAAGAUCAUGCUCAUAAUCAUAAGAAAAGCAUCUUUAAUUAGUUAGGUCAAUUAGGUUUAGGUGGCUGCUUUACGAUGUAAAUAUAUGAGUAGCUGGGUCUGGCCGGUGUGCUAUCACCUAGUCUAGCACUAGCAGUUGCAG